AUGUAUAUAAUAUGGUAAUGCUACAACAUACAAGUGGCAAAUAUAUAAAACAUACAGCAAUUGCUUCAUCAAUUUCAUGGCUUUCUUCCACCAUGACACCAAUCAUCACUGCUGAUUCAAUUCCAAGAAAUGAGCAACACAACAAGUGGGGUGUACGUUGGAUCCAGCAACAUCACCGGCUAUGUCUAUGGCAUAGGAAUCUACAUUGGGAUCGUCUUUUUUAUCACCACCAUCACCCUAACCUUUUACUUCUGCAACAGACACCAUCAGCAACGACUCCCUCCUGCAGCUCCUAAUAGGAGACAGAAUGCGCUUGAAGUUGGAAUAGAUGAAGAAUCACUUGUGAGUUAUCCAAAGUUGUUGUACUCUGAAGCAAAAAAACUGAAGAAGAAUGAUUCAACUUGUGCAUGUUGUUCUAUAUGCCUUGCAGAUUACAAGGGUAGUGAUAUGCUUAGGGUGUUACCUGAUUGUGGCCACCAAUUCCAUAUCAAGUGCAUAGAUCCAUGGCUGAGGCUUCACCCUACUUGUCCACUCUGCAGAACCUCUCCCAUUCCGACGCCUCUUUCAACUCCCUUGCCUCAGAGAUUUAUCCCUUGCCUCAUUCCGCCGAGGUGAAUAUCCACAGAGAUUUAUCCGCCGUGGAGCAGAUUUCGAGAGCAUUUUUUUCCGCGGCCCGUGGGUGGCGGAGAGGGGGUACUGAUGCCCAGUGUAAUAAACGGGACGGAGACGGAAUAAAAAUAUUUGUUCUAUGGGUAUCCGUUUAAUAUUCAUAAAUAUAAAGUUACAAAAAUAACCUCUUAUAUAUUAUGUUAAAAUUUAAUCCAAACUCGGUCACUUUUCUC